UGAACUCGGUUUCGACUGGAAUCAAAGUAUUCGAAACUAUUGACCGAGUAAGAACUGAGGCUAAUCCCCGGACACCAUGGCGUUAAUAAAAGUGCACACAGUGGAAGAGGAAAUGAAGAGAAAUUCGGAGCUGAAGAAAUCCGAUUUGCAAGCGCUGAGAGAUUGGUGUAAAAAGCAGCCUCACCUACCAAAGGUGUCUGACUAUGAACUGAUACUGUUCCUACACAGCAACUAUUACCGACUCGAGCCAACGAAAACAACGAUAGAUGCAUUUUUCACCGUUAAGACUCACGUGCCCGAAUUCUUCACAAAUCGGGAUCCAUUGGGAUCGAGGGGACUGCGUGAAAUCUCGAAAGUUGUAUGCUACAUACCUUUUCCCGGAACAACACCAGACGGUUUCAAAGUGAUUCUAGCAAAACUCCAUGAUUACGAACCGUCCCAUUACGUGUUUGUCGAUGGUGUAAAGCUGUUUUGCAUGAUCAUGGAACUGUGGAUAUACACUUCAGGUGUUAGCUCGGGGCACAUCAUCGUCGUUGAUAUGGAAGGUUUAGCUUUCGGUCACGUUGCUCGCCUGAGUCCCAUGGUAUUGAAAAAGUAUUUUUACUAUCUGCAAGAAGCUCUGCCGGUUCGACUUAAGGGUUUUCAUUUUGUGAACACGGUGCCCUUCAUGGACCUUAUCUUAAACAUGAUAAAACCUUUCAUGAAGAAAGAGCUCCUUGACAUGCUUUUUCUGCACACUAAUGUAGAAUCACUGAGCAAGAAAAUUCCCAUUGAUCUCCUGACAAACGAUCUAGGAGGCAAAAUUGGCUCCGAGAAAGAUCUGUGGACUGCCGAGUUGCAAAAACUCGAGGAACAUCGUGCCUGGUUCCAGGAGGACGAGAAGCGCAGGGUAAACGAAUCUCUUCGCCCUGGCAAGGCGAAGAACGUCACCGACAUCUUUGGCGUCGAAGGGAGCUUCAAGAAGCUGGAUAUCGAUUACAAAGCAAGGAGGCAAAGAUCCCGGGACACCAUGGCGCUAAUAAAAUUGCAGACAGUGGAAGAGGAGAUGAAGAGAAAUUCGGAGCUGAAGAAAUCCGAUUUACAAAUGCUGAGAGAUUGGUGCAAAAAGCAGCCUCACUUGCCCACAGUCUCGGACACUGAUCUGACAUUGUUCUUACACAGCAACUAUUACCGACUCGAAAGUACAAAACUAACGAUCGACGCAUUCUACUCCGUUAGGACCCACAUACCGGAAUUGUUUUCCAAUCGUGAUCCACUCGGCGAGAAGGGACUUCGAGAAAUAAUGAAAGUCAUGUGCUGCAUAUUCCUACCAGGAACUACACCGGAAGGCUACAGAGUGAUACUAGCGAAAACCAUAGAUCCUGAUCCUUCCCGUUACGUCUUAGCGGAUGUUAUAAAGCUCGUUUCCAUGGUCAUGGAAUUACGGCUCUAUACUACGGGAACUAGUUCAGGAUACGUAAUCAUUCUCGAUAUGGACGGUACCGUAUUCGGUCACGUGGCUCGCAUGAAUCCCAUGGUCGUUAAGAAGCAUCUUUAUUACGUGCAGGAAGCACUUCCCAUCCGACUGAAGAGUGUUCACAUCAUAAAUACGGCACCAUUCGUGGAGAUACUCAUGAAUAUAGCAAAGCCUUUUAUGAAAAAAGAGCUCAUGAACAUGAUUUUUCUGCACCCAAGUGUAGAUACUUUGAACAAACGGAUCCCCGUUGAUCUCUUGCCGAAUGAUCAGGGUGGCAAAGCUGGUUCUUUGAAGGACUUGUGGGCCGCUGAGUUGAAGAACCUGGAGGAACACCGUGCCUGGUUCCUCGAAGAGGACAUGCGCAAGGUUGACGAAUCCCUUCGUCCUGACAAGGCAAAAAACAUCACGGACAUUUUCGGGAUCGAAGGAAGCUUUAAGAAACUAGACAUUGAUUACGAGCUCAAGCUAAUCGAUAACAUCAUGGUGUCGAUGAAAAUGAAGACCAUGGAAGAGGAAAUGAAAAAGAAUUCAGAAUUGAAGGAAUCUGAUCUGGAUAUACUGAGAGACUGGUCUAAGAAACAACCUCAUCUGCCUCAUCCAAUAUCAGACGGCGAACUGAUACUGUUUCUUCACAGUAAUUAUUACCAAAUAGAGCCGACGAAAUCAACGAUCGACACAUUCCACACAGUCAGAACCCAUGCUCCCGAUUUCUGCUCGAACCGUGAUCCGUUGAACUCAAAGAAUCUUCGAGAAAUCAUGAAGGUCGUGGGUUGCGUGCCGCUGCCAGGAGCCACGCCUGAAGGCUGGAAAAUGAUGCUAGUGACACUCUUAGACCACGAUCCUUCCCGUUACGUCUAUGUUGACGCUGUAAAGCUUCUUUGCAUGGUCCUGGAACUGUGGCUCUUCACUGAAGGCACUGUUCCAGGCCAUGUAGUCAUAUUUGACAUGACCGGCGUCACGAUGGGACAUUUGGCCCGCAUCAGUCUUACGGUAAUGAAAAAAUGCCUCUACUACGUGCAAGAAGCACUUCCCAUGCGGCUGAAACACGUACACUUUAUAAAUACGUCGCCUAUCGCUGAUGUAGUGCUGAACAUGAUGAAGCCGUUCACAAAAAGUGAACUCCUCAAUCAGGUCUCCCUGCACACCGAUUUGGAAUCUUUUAGCAAAAAGAUCCCGACUGAUGUCUUACCAAACGAACACGGCGGGAAAGCUGGUCCCCUGAAAAAUCUUUGGGCGGAUGAACUGAGGAAAGUCGAGGAACAUCGUGCCUGGUUUUUGGAAGAAGACAAACGCAAGGUGAACGAAAAUCUUCGCCCUGGCAAGGCGAAAAAUGCGACAGAUCUAUUUGGGGUUGAAGGGAGCUUUAAGAAGCUGGACAUCGAUUAGCUUGUGCAUGUGAAAUUGUACGCCACGUUUGUAUGUACAAAUAAAAUAAGUACCCCGUUCUAAAA